AUGGCAUCCCAGAAAGAGAUGUUCAAUGCAAAAUGGACCGAGCCUUUAACCAACUUGUUUGUAAGUUUGUUGGUAGAGGAGGUACAAAAGGAAAUCGCACAACUUCUACUUUUAACAAAGCAGGGUGGAACAACAUACGAGCGGGAAUUCACUAAACGGUCGGGAUACCAAUAUAACCUAUUGCGGUUGAAGAAUAAGGUGAACAAACCGAGAAGACAGUAUGGUAGUUUUAAGAAGCUCAUUUCACAAUCUGGUUUUGGCUGGGAUAAUGUGAAUAACAAAGUUGUUGUCAACAAUCCGAGUAUUUGGGAGUCUCACAUCAUGACCAAUAAUGGGUGGGCAAAAUUCAAGAAGGAUGGAUUUCCUCAAUAUCCCCAACCGUGCAUUGUAUUUGGUGAUACAUAUGCUACUGGAGAUCAUGCCAUAGGAAAUAUCCAAGAUUUGACGGUGUCAGAUGAAGGUGAUGGUGGUGGCAAUGCAAUCAGUGAUCCAGAAGACUUAAGUGAACAUCCCAUUGAUGAUGACGUUUUUACAUCCGACCAUACUUCAACUCCCAUUCAUAACCAGCACAGGUUGGAUAGGACUCCAAAUGUCAAGAGGAGAAGAAAUAGUAGCUCAUUUAGUAUGGCAGACACAUGCAAAGCUAUACAUGACAUGCUCAAAGCUAGGUCAAGUCAAUCUGAGAGUGGAUCUAUUGGCUCACAAGUGACACCACCACUGUGA